GUAAGCGAAACCUUAUUUGUAUUAAGUUUACCGGCGCAGCCGUCUCGCAUUUGCCAUCAACCUAGCACCGGAGCUCAAGACGACAGAAACUUCUCGACGUUGUUUCUCGUUCUAAGAACUGAACUAAGGAGAUUCAACCUUUUAUUGCUGCACACGGAUCAUCUGCAAAGUCUUCUCGGUUUCUGUUAACAAUUGAUUGAAGGACGGGACAUAUUCCAUUGCUCUUAUCAACAAACACCGGAAGAAAUCGGUAGAGAGUUCGUUUUGGUGACAUUCGAUCUUUUUGUUCUUGAACAGCUACACACGUGGAACCAAGGAAGUUGCUAGUCCCGAGAAAUAAGUCUCCAAUUGCUAUUUAGCGCAUUUCGUUUGGUUUGUGAUUUCCCCCUUCCCGGCGGCAGUAAUACGAUUCUCAUUUUGCAUUGAAACUUGAUUGACUCAAUUUCGAAGCUUUAUUUCUAAUUUUAUCCUUCUCGCAUUAUUUUUCUGGUUUACGAUAACUGUGUUACGCCUUUUUCUACACACAUCCAACAUGAUUUCGUUUCACUUGACCGUUUCCUCUGUUUUUGUUUUUCUUCUUGUAAUUGUUUCAGUACUCGUCUGGAGACGUUUCCGAAUGCAUCGUCCACAAUACACACCGCUGCAAACUGGCUUUGCCGCUGAUAUCGAGCAUGGAAUGACAUCCAGUACGUUUGACUUGCACAGAAACCUUGUUGAGGGCGAUCCCCGUGAAGGUCUUGACGAUGCAGCCGUCACAAAGAUCCGCGGAAUUAUGAAGCAGAAGCAGGUUUCGUUUGACCAAGCCCGGGUCGAGUAUAUUAAGGAGAUUAUGCGCGGUAAUAACAUUGAUGCAUCUGGUAUGCCUCUCGACGCCAAAGCUGUGACUCGGCUUUAGAAUUUGUGAUCAUGUCUGCAAUUGAGCUAUGAUGAGCCCUUUUUUUUACCCCGGUUCUUUAAACGUGUCAAGUUGUCCACAUCGACUUGGAGAGCCCUUAUUCCUCCGCUGCCCCUUUCUCCCCCUACUCUCCUGUGAUGCUACUACUACUACCACCCUUUCUUUCAGCGAGAUCUUGUCAAACACCUUUGCUGCGCUCGAUCCACUUCCUUUUUUUUAUUCAACACAACCCAUUCUCGCUGUAAACCUUUUCUUCUUCUCGGCUUUCAAAAAGUGGUGAAGUCGCAUAGAGUGUAAAUAAGCUAG